AUGCAAAUGAGAUAUAUUAUCCUUGCAGUGCCUACCCCUGUUGCUCUUCAUUCACAUGCUUCGUCUGUUCCAGUUUUUAAUGGACUCAACUUCUCUAAUUGGUCUGAACAAAUCCGAUUUCACCUUGGUGUAUUGGAUCUUGAUUCAGCACUUGAAGUUGAAGAGCCUGCUAUCACUGAUACUAGCAGUGCUGCUGAAAAGUCCGCCCAUAAUGCUUGGGUAAAGUCGAACAAACUGAGCCUUAUGUUUAUGCGAAUGAGUGUAGCAGACAACAUCAAGUCUACUAUUCCUAAGACUGAAAGUGUUAAGGAAUUCAUGAAUUCUGUGAAAGAACGUUCACAGACUGCUGAUAAGUCUGUUGCUGGGACCUUAGCCACUGACCACCAUGAAAUUUGA